AUGCUGCCACGGAAGGCGGGCACGGAGGAUGACAGUGAGAAGCACAGCUGGGUCUCCAUAAGGCAUAUAAGUUGGCGGGAUGAUGUAAGUGCUCCAGUUGUUCUGCUACUUUGUCGCUUCUUCAUCAUUCCAAAGCAUUACAUGCGCCGUCUGGUCUCCUACGCCCAGGGCGAAUGGCGCACAUUUUCGUUAUUUUCUUACUGCUUUGUGCCGGAACGACGAGCACCCAACCGAGACAUGUUUUUUGUGCUUGCUCUCUGUACGCUUCGAGUUGUGCAAUCGCCGGAGACUGGAAACUGUGACUUGUAUUUUGUGCGAAGCCGUCUGAGACGAAGAGGUGUGCAGGUCACGGUUGCCUGA